UGGAAGAUGCCUGCCAACCGAAGUUGGAUGAAGGCGCACCGGCGCUCUGCAGAGUUUCGAAGUGGCGUUGACGAGUUCGUUGCGGUAGCAACGAACCACGUGAACGCUGACGGAUUAGCUCGAUGCCCAUGCAUGCGGUGUUUGAAUGUGAAUUUCCACACACCUGCAACUAUAAGGGUUCAUUUAUUUCUCAGCGGGAUCCAACCUUCGUACAACCCCUGGUAUUUCCACGGGGAGACUUUCUCUCAGCCCGCAGUUGAACUUCCUGAAAAUGACGAAGAGGAAAUGGCAGAUGUGUUGGCGGACAUGUUAAGAGGGGACCCUGGGUUUGACGAAUCUGCUAACACUACUGAUUCUUUCAAUGAACCCCCUAUCAACGACAACAACAAGUGGAGUAACCACUCUUUCGAUAUGUUGCUGUCCAUCUUGAUUGAUCUAUUUCCAGAGGGGACAAAAUUACCGAAGUCGCAUUAUGAGUCGAAGAUGCGAUUGCGCAAUCUAGGUUUGGGUUACGACUCAAUAGAUGUGUGCAAGUAUAAUUGUGCUAUUUUCUGGAAGGAGAAUGAGAAGAAGGAGUUUUGCCCUGUAUGUGGCGAAUCACGAUGGGUGAAAAGAAAGGGUAAGGGGAAAAAAGUUCCUCACAAAGUUAUGCGUUACUUCCCACUCACACCUAGGCUGAAACGAUUAUAUUGCUCAAGACACACUGCGGAGGAUAUGCGGUGGCAUUACUCGCAGAGACCAAAAGAAGACGGUGUGCUUAGGCAUCCUGCGGAUGCUGAAGAAUGGAAGCAGUUUGACCGCCUUCAUCCGUCUUUUGCUGUUGAACCUAGAAAUGUCAGACUGGGAUUGGCGACUGACGGUUUUAAUCCAUUUGGCAACAUGAGCAACUCUUACAGCCUGUGGCCAGUUAUUUGUGUCCCAUAUAAUUUGCCACCGUGGAAGUGUAUGAGUUCUGAAUCGUUGUUGUUGACCUUAUUAAUUCCAGGUCCAUCAUCUCCUGGGAAAGACAUAGAUGUAUUCAUGAGACCGUUAAUUGAUGAACUGAAACAGUUGUGGGAGACGGGUGUUGAAACCCGAGAUGCCUACAACGGAACUGUGUUUUCAAUGCGUGCGGCAGUGUUGUGGACAAUAAAUGACUUUCCUGCUUAUGCUCUAAUGUCUGGUUGGAGCACAAAAGGGUAUAUGGCGUGUCCCACUUGCAAUGAACAUACUCCUUCCAUUGGCCUAAAUAGUAAGAUUGGAUAUGUUGGCCACAGACGUUUUCUCGAAAUGAGUGAUCCGAGAAGGAGAAGCAAAAAAGUACAUGGUAAGACUGAGAAGAGAGCACCACCUCCUGUAAUGACGGGAGAUGAUAUUUUAACUCAAUUAGACUAA